AUGCUCAGAUUAUCCUCAAACUCCUCAGAUUAUCCUCAGACUACUCCUCAAACUCCUCAGUCUAAUCCUCAGACUCCUCCUCAGAUUAUCCUCAAACUCCUCAGACUACUCCUCAAACUACUCCUCGGUCUAAUCCUCAGACUCCUCCUCAGAUUAUCCUCAAACUCCUCAGAUUAUCCUCAAGCUCCUCAGACUACUCCUCGGUCUAAUCCUCAAACUCCUCCUCAGAUUAUCCUCAGACUCCUCCUCAGAUUAUCCUCAGACUCCUCCUCAGAUUAUCCUCAAACUCCUCCUCAGAUUAUCCUCAAACUCCUCCUCAGAUUAUCCUCAGACUCCUCCUCAGAUUAUCCUCAGACUCCUCCUCAGAUUAUCCUCAGACUCCUCCUCAGAUUAUCCUCAGACUCCUCCUCAGAUUAUCCUCAAACUCCUCCUCAGAUUAUCCUCAGACUCCUCCUCAGAUUAUCCUCAGACUCCUCCUCAGAUUAUCCUCAGACUCCUCCUCAGAUUAUCCUCAAACUCCUCAGACUACUCCUCAAACUCCUCAGAUUAUCAUCAAACUCCUCAAACUACUCCUCGGUCUAA